GAGUACAAAAUCAUUUUCUUCCAUCAUCGUUGUUCAAAUUGAUUCCCUCACGCCACUUUUCCGCUGCCGUACGCCGCCCACAACCAUCACCGGAAAUUCUAUCUGUUCAUAUUAAUUUCAUUUCCAACCGCUAACAAUGUCUACUUUCAUUCAACCAGGAUUUGAUGGUUUACGCUAGUUACAAUUGCUAGUAUCUGUUACGGGGGGCUAAGAGUAAGUUCUUGGUCCCCCAAUAGUUGACUCGCUAGUUAUAUCAUGAAUAUUUCUGUGUGAAGAUAAUGAGCACUAGACUUCAUAAUCCAUUUAUCGGGGUAUCUUUCCAAAGCUCGUUUAAGCCUAAAAACACUGAAUUUGGUAAAUCGCCCAGAAAAGCGUGUUAUAAAUUUGUUCCACGUGCCAAGAAAAAUGACUGGAUAUCUCAUGGAAUACGGUUUUCACAAUCUUGUGGAGAAAAUGUUGAGAUCUUAUGGAAGAAUAUAGGAUUAAGAAGUGGUUUUGUGGUGAAAUCUGUGAAAGAACCUUUUACUAGAAAUAAGAGUACUCUCGUUAGGUCGUUGUCUACUGUCUGGGAGGAAGGUUUACUUGUAUUUAGGUGUUCUGUUUUUUUUGCUGUGAUAUCCGGGGUGUGCUUGUUGUUAUGGUAUGGCCAGCUAAAAGCCAAAACAUUGGUAGAAUCUAAGCUGUUACCAUCAGUCUGCGCUGCAUUAAGCGACUAUAUCCAACGUGAUCUUCAUUUUGGUAAAGUUAGAAGGAUUUCUCCGUUAAGCAUUACAUUGGAGUCCUGCUCAAUAGGGCCUCAUAGGGAAGAAUUCUCUUGCGGCGAUGUCCCCACUCUUAAAUUACGUGUUCACCCCUUUGCGAGUUUAAAGAGGGGAAAAAUUGUAAUCGAUGCUGUUUUGUCUAAUCCUACUUUGCUGGUUGCGCAAAAGAGAGAUUAUACUUGGUUAGGGAUACCGUUUUCUGAUGGAGUCGUGCAAAAGCAUUUGUCCACCGAAGAAGGUAUUGAUUAUCGUACAAAAACCAGGAGGAUUGCUAGAGAGCAAACAGCAGCCCGAAUGGAUAGAGAUAGAGACGAUGCAGCUCGAGAGGCUGCUAAAAUGGGAUAUAUUGUUUCCUAUAAAGGUUCUAAUGAAAUGGAAGGCAUUGAUGUUGUGAAGAAAAGCAGUGUGAAUUCAUCAGGAUCGUCGACAUCUGAGUUAGUUUUUUCUGUGGAUGAGAAAUUCCGUUGGCAGGAUCACCACUGCAUGGAUGCUGGUGUAGAGUAUGAUAUGAAGCACGCAGAUUUAGAAAAAUCGUUUGGAGUAAAUAUACCUAUUGCAGGGGUGAAAUUUUGGUCACGAAUUAUGUCUGGACCUUUAAAGCGUGAGAGAAGGAAGGUUAACGGGAGAGAUAUGUUUGCUUCUGGUAUAUCAGCCAAAAGAAGAAUUUUGGAGCACAGUGCAUCGGCAGUGCAUGCAUACUUCAUGGAUCAUAGUCUAGCUGACAAGAAAGAUAAUCAUAUUGAGGAACUGGACGCCAGGGUUGAUUCUGAUGAUCAUAAGAUAGAGAAUGCUUCUCCUUCUCUAGUUGCCUCAGAAGUGUCAGAAUUAGAGAGGAAUGAAGAUUUAGGGAGAAAAUUCCCCCUGGAAGAUAAAACUAUGGAUACCAAGCAGCAGUUGAGCCCAUCUUCUCAAGGUUCAACUUACAAAGACGAGAGGGGUAUGGGAGAUCUCUGGUCAUCCUUAAUUGCUGGGCCCAUCCAGAGGAUGAAGUCACAGGUUGUCCCGAAAGUUGAAGGUAUUGCUGGUGAAUUUGUUGAAGCGGUUAAUGGAGAAAAAGCGGCAGGAGUUGAGAAAACGGUUCCCAUUACUCUCGAUUCUGUCCAUUUUAAAGGUGGAACAUUACUGUUACUUGCAUAUGGUGAUAAUGAGCCCAGAGAAAUGGAGAAUGCAAGUGGACAUGUUAAGUUCCAAGAUAAUUACAGCCGUGUGCAUGUACAAUUGAGUGGUAAUUGUAAGAUGUGGAGAUCGGAUGUAACAUCUGAAGAUGGUGGCUGGUUGUCUACAGAUGUUUUUGUGGAUAUAGCGGAACAGAAGUGGCACGCCAAUCUUAAAGUUGUGAAUCUCUUUGCUCCGCUCUUUGAAAGAAUUUUAGAAAUUCCUAUUGCAUUUUAUGAAGGAAGAGCCAGCGGUGAGGUUCACAUAUGCAUGUCCCAAGGAGAAAGUUUCCCCAAUCUCCAUGGGCAGCUUGACGUGACGGGGUUGACUUUUCAGAUAUCUGAUGCUCCGUCAUCAUUUUCUGAUGUAUCUGCAAGCUUAUGUUUCCGGGCUCAACGUCUAUUUCUACACAAUGCUAGUGGUUGGUUUGGCAAGGUUCCGCUAGAAGCCUCGGGAGAUUUUGGAAUUGAACCAGAGGAAGGAGAAUUCCACCUUAUGUGUCAGGUCCCUUCUGUGGAAGUAAAUGCUCUCAUGAAAAGUUUCAAAAUGAAACCUUUGCUGUUUCCGUUGGCAGGGUCUGUAACAGCUGUUUUCAAUUGUCAAGGCCCUUUGGAUGCUCCUGUAUUUGUGGGUAGUGGACUUGUCUCAAGAAAGAUGUCUAAUUCGGUUGCUGAUGUUCCUACAUCAGCUGCAUAUGAGGCAAUCAUGAAAAAUAAAGAGGCUGGUGCAGUGGCAGCAUUUGACAGAGUUCCACUCUCUUAUGUAUCAGCCAAUUUUACAUUCAAUACUGAUAAUUGUGUUGCAGAUUUAUAUGGAAUCAGAGCAAGUCUUGUCGAUGGUGGUGAGAUUCGCGGGGCGGGGAAUGCAUGGAUUUGUCCAGAGGGGGAGGUUGAUGACACAGCAAUGGACGUCAAUUUUUCUGGGAGUUUAUGCUUUGAUAAAAUAAUGGAUCAAUAUAUUCCUGGUUAUAAUCAUCUUGUACCCUUUAAAUUAGGGGAUUUGAAUGGAGAAACAAAACUCUCGGGCUCAUUGCUCAAACCGAGAUUCGACAUCAAGUGGACAGCGCCAAAAGCUGAAGGGUCAUUUGGAGAUGCCCGAGGCGAUAUGAUUAUAUCACAUGAAUUCAUCACCAUUAGUUCUUCAUCCAUUGCUUUUGAAUUACUUACAAAGGUUCAAACCUCAUAUCCAGAUGAAAGCUGGAUAAAUAAGGAAGAGUUCGAUGUAAGACCUGCCAUGCCUGUGAUUGUAGAGGGAGUAGAAUUGGAUCUACGCAUGCGCGGUUUUGAGUUUUUCAACGUGGUUUCCUCGUAUGCAUUUGAUUCUCUACGUCCGAUUCAUCUAAAAGCAACUGGCCGGAUCAGGUUUCAAGGAAAAGUUGUUAAGCCUACUACCAUUGUAGAUGAACAAGAUACUGAGGAGUCAAAGAUUCUUGCUGGUGAUGUUUCAAUCACAGGUCUUAAACUAAAUCAGUUAUUGCUUGCGCCCCAGCUAGCUGGAGUACUUCACAUCUCGCCUGCGUGUAUUAAGUUGGAUGCAACUGGUAGGCCAGAUGAAAGUCUUGCAGUGGAAGUUAUCGGGCCACUGCCAUCUAUCUCUGAGGACAACAUAACUGGUAACAUGAUGUCCUUUUCUCUUCAAAAAGGGCAGUUAAGGGCCAACGUUUGCUAUCAGCCUUUUCAGUCGGCCAACCUAGAGGUUCGGCAUUUACCACUUGAUGAACUGGAGCUGGCUUCACUAAGAGGAACACUACAAAGGGCAGAACUGCAACUAAAUUUUCAGAAAAGAAGAGGUCAUGGGAUUUUAUCUCUGCUCCGUCCAAAAUUCAGUGGUGUGUUAGGAGAAGCUCUGGACGUGGCUGCUAGGUGGAGCGGUGAUGUUAUCACUGUUGAAAAGGCUGUUUUGGAACAAACCAAUAGCCAGUAUGAGCUUCAAGGUGAAUAUGUAUUGCCUGGUUCACGAGAUGGAAAAAAAGAAAGAGGCAACUUACUAAGAAGAGCGAUGGCUGGUCAUCUUGGGAGUGUCAUAUCUUCUAUGGGUCGAUGGAGAAUGAGGCUCGAGGUUCCUCGUGCUGAAAUUGCUGAGAUGCUUCCACUUGCUAGGCUUGUUUCUCGAAGUACUGAUCCAGCUCUACAGUUUAGAUCAAAGGAUCUAUUUAUGCAAAGCAUACAAUCGGUGGGGAUUCACGCCGAAAAUCUCCAUAGGCUUCUUGAGGAAAUACGUGGACAUUCUAAUCCAUCAGAUGAAGUUAUUCUGGAAGACUUGAGCCUUCCUGGUUUAGCUGAGCUUAAAGGUCGUUGGCGUGGAUCUUUGGAUGCAAGUGGCGGAGGCAAUGGUGACACAAUGGCAGAAUUUGAUUUCCAAGGGGAGGAAUGGGAAUGGGGAACCUAUAAGACUCAGCGUGUCCUAGCGGCUGGUGCAUACAGCAACGAUGAUGGUUUGCGCCUUGAGAAAAUGUUCAUUCAAAGGGAUAAUGCCACAAUCCAUGCUGAUGGAACUUUGUUGGGUCCAAAAACUAAUUUGCAUUUUGCGGUCCUUAAUUUUCCGGUUAGUCUGGUUCCUACACUCGUGCAGGUUCUAGAAUCAUCCGCCAAUGAAGCUGUUCAUUCAUUGAGACAACUUUUGGCUCCAAUAAAAGGCAUACUUCACAUGGAAGGAGAUCUAAGAGGAAGUCUUGCCAAGCCUGAAUGUGAUGUCCAAGUAAGACUCCUUGAUGGUGCCAUUGGCGGCAUUGACCUUGGACGGGCUGAAAUUGUUGCUUCUUUGACAUCAACUAGCCGUUUUUUGUUUAAUGCAAAGUGUGAACCCGUCAUACAAAAUGGUCAUGUACAUAUUCAAGGAAGUGUCCCUGUGAAUAUAGUUCAAGAUGAAGAAUAUCUUGAAAAAGAUAAAAGUGAAGCAAGUUGGGCUCCCGGUUGGGCUAAAGGGAAAAAUGGAUCUAUAGAUGAAAGUAAUGACAAGAAAGCAUCUUGGAAUGAAGAAGGUUGGGAUACUCAGUUGGCAGAGAGUCUUAAAGGUUUGCACUGGAAUGUGUUAGAUGCUGGUGAAGUUAGGGUUGAUGCUGAUGUUAAAGAUGGUGGCAUGAUGUUGCUAACUGCAUUGUCUCCUUAUGCAAACUGGCUCAAUGGGAGUGCUGAAGUUAUGCUUAAGGUGAGAGGUACUGUUGAGCAGCCAAUGCUCGACGGAUCUGCGUCUUUUCACAGGGCAACAAUAUCUUCGCCUAUUCUUCGGAAACCGCUAACAAACUUUGGGGGUAUAAUUGUCAUGGAUUCUAAUAGGUUAUGCAUCAGAUCUUUGGAAAGUAGGGUUAGCAGAAAAGGGAAGCUAUCGGUAAAAGGUAAUCUACCCCUGAGGACAACAGAAGCAUCACUUGCGGAUAAAAUUGACUUAAAAUGUGAAAACUUAGAAGUUCGAGCGAAGUAUACGUUAAGUGGUCAGGUGGACACUCAACUGCAGAUAACAGGCUCGAUUCUGCAACCUAAUAUAUCUGGGAACAUCAAGCUGAGUCACGGAGAAGCUUAUCUACCUCAUGAAAAAGGUGGAGGGGCUGCUGCUAUCAACCAAGAAAUAUCAGAUAGUUCAAGCAUGCCAAGCGGGGAUUACAAUCAAGUAGUUGCAUCGAAAUAUGUUUCACGGUUCUUAAAUUUAAAACCAGCUACUAUAAAUACUUCAUCUCAGCAACCUUCAGAUAAAGAGGCUGAAGUUGUAAAAAAAGGAACGGGACAAGUAAAUACCAAACCGAAGCUAGAUAUUCGGCUGACAAACUUGAAGCUGGUUCUUGGUCCCGAGUUGAGGAUAGUUUAUCCUAUUCUCAACUUUGCUGUUAGUGGCGAGCUUGAAUUGAAUGGUAUUGCUCACCCCAAGUUAUUAAAACCCAAAGGUGUUUUAACGUUUGAGAAUGGUGAUGUGAUCCUAGUUGCAACACAGGUGAGGCUGAAGCGAGAGCAUCUGAAUACAGCCAAGUUUGAGGCUGAUUAUGGAUUAGAUCCAAUGUUGGACUUGGCUUUGGUUGGGUCAGAGUGGCAGUUCAGGAUUCAAAGUCGAGCAACUAAAUGGCAGGACAACUUGGUCGUCACAUCCACACGUUCUGUCGAACAGGACGUUCUCUCACCCUCUGAGGCUGCUAGAGUGUUCGAGAGUCAACUUGCAGAAUCUAUCUUAGAAGGGGAUGGUCAACUGGCAUUUAAAAAGCUUGCAACAGCGACACUUGAGACACUAAUGCCAAGAAUAGAAGGGAAGGGUGAAUUUGGACAUGCAAGAUGGAGGCUUGUUUACGCGCCACAGAUUCCUAGCUUGCUUUCUGUUGAUCCAACGGUUGAUCCCCUUAAAUCGAUAGCUAGCAAUAUUUCUUUUGGCACAGAGGUAGAAGUCCAGUUGGGGAAACGCCUUCAGGCCUCUGUGGUGAGACAGAUGAAGGAUUCGGAGAUGGCAAUGCAAUGGACAUUGAUCUACCAGCUAACAAGCAGAUUACGCCUCCUUUUGCAGUCGGCUCCAUACAAGCGUAUGCUUUUUGAAUAUUCUACUACAUCACAAGAUUGACUAGGUAGUUUUUAAUCUGUGUAAAAAGGGAGCGUCUUUAUGUUAUCUUUUUUCACUUUCAUUCUUCACAAAGGUUUCAUCCCUAAAAUAUGACUAAGGGAGAUGAAGUGUAAAAUUUUGUGCAUAUGCUAUUAUUCUUUGGUUCAAA